AAGCACGCAUUUUAUAUCGUCUCUGCUGGAGAAGGCGAGUCUUAUAGUUCCUUCAGAAUGGGCAGUCUUCCCUCAGAUGCAUCUGGACAACAGCAGCAUCGGGUCAUGGAGAGGUGUCCGUAGAUUCAGCAACCCAUGUUCACGGAGGUGUCAACUGCAUUUUCUGAGGAGAACACUCGUCUGUCCAGUUUUUCUGAGCGAGAUUGCCGUCCUUAUCCGACUCAGACCAUCACCUCAGUCAGAACCCGCAGGGGGCCGUGAGAGCACCGGGCCAGCGUGGGCUUCAGACGCACCGCAGAGAAGAUGAAUAUCCAGGUCCUGCCAGAACACAAGCUCUCAUCGGUGGCCCCGCUGAAGCAGUGCAAUGUGGAGAAAAAGGAGGUAGAACUGAUACUAGUCAAGGACCAGAAUGGGGUUCAGUACACCAGUUCAUCCAUCAUUCCGACGCCCGGCCAUCACCCUGGUCCUCCCGGAGCCACAUCCGAGGACGACCGAGAAACUUGGGGCAAGAAAAUAGACUUUCUCCUUUCGGUCAUUGGCUUUGCGGUGGACCUGGCCAAUGUUUGGAGAUUUCCUUACCUGUGCUACAAAAAUGGAGGAGGUGCCUUUUUGAUCCCCUACAUUCUGUUCCUUGUCAUUGCGGGGAUGCCAUUGUUCUACAUGGAACUAGCCUUGGGCCAAUACAACAGGGAAGGGGCAGCUACAGUUUGGAAAAUAUGCCCUGUCUUUAAAGGUGUCGGCUACACUGUGAUCAUCAUAGCCUUGUAUGUAGGCUUCUACUACAACGUCAUCAUUGCCUGGUCACUCCAUUACCUGUUCUCCUCCAUGACCAGUGAGUUACCAUGGCUCAAUUGUGAUAACAUCUGGAACAGUCAGAACUGCACCGACCCAAAAGCCAUCAAUGGAUCUAUCCUGGGGAAUGGAACGUCCUAUGCCAAGUACAAAAUCACCCCAGCAGCGGAGUACUAUGAGCGGGGUGUGUUGCAUCUUCAUCAGAGUAAGGGAAUCCAGGACCUCGGCCUGCCACGAUGGGAGCUGACUUUGUGUCUGGUUGUGGUCGUCUUCAUCCUCUACUUCAGCCUGUGGAAAGGUGUAAAGUCCUCAGGGAAGGUGGUGUACAUCACUGCCACCAUGCCCUAUGUGGUGCUUUUUGUGUUGCUGAUCCGGGGCAUCACUCUACCAGGGUCAAUGGACGGCAUAAAAGCAUACCUACACAUUGAUUUCAAUCGGCUCAACAAUUUAGAGGUGUGGAUAGAUGCUGCCACUCAGAUAUUCUACUCACUUGGAGCAGGAUUUGGUGUGCUCAUCGCAUUUGCCAGCUACAACAAGUUUGACAACAAUUGCUACAGGGAUGCUCUGUUGACCAGCACUGUGAACUGCGUUACCAGUUUCUUCUCUGGAUUUGCCAUUUUCUCUGUGCUCGGAUACAUGGCCUACAAACAUGGUGUGAAAAUAGAAGAUGUAGCAACAGAGGGAGCAGGGUUGGUGUUUAUCAUCUAUCCUGAGGCAAUUUCUACCCUGCCUGGCUCAACAUUUUGGGCUGUUGUAUUCUUUAUCAUGUUGCUGACUCUGGGCAUUGACAGCUCGAUGGGUGGGAUGGAGGCGGUCAUCACAGGACUGACAGAUGACUUUAAGAUUCUCAAGAGAAACAGGAAGAUUUUCACCUUCGCCACAGCCUUUGGAACUUUCCUGGUUGCCCUGCUCUGCAUUACAAAUGGUGGGAUCUACGUGCUGACCCUGUUAGAUAAGUAUGCAGCAGGGACUUCUAUACUAUUUGGUGUGUUGAUUGAGGCCAUUGGAGUGUCAUGGUUUUAUGGUGUGGACCGCUUCAGUGAAGAUAUUGAGCGCAUGAUGGGCUUUAAACCAGGACUUUACUGGAGGUUAUGCUGGAAAUUUGUCAGCCCGGCUUUUCUGCUGUUUGUUGUUAUUGCCAGUACUCUGACAUCGUCACCACUGAAGUAUGAUGAUUACGUCUUCCCUCACUGGUCUAACCUCGUGGGCUGGGGCAUCGCCAUGUCCUCCAUGCUGUUCGUCCCCUGCUAUGCUCUGUAUAAAUUCUUAAGUGUACCAGGAACAUUCAAAGAGAGGAUAGCCUACUGCAUCACACCUGAACAUGAACAUCACAAGGUGGCAGAGGGAAAUAUACGCCAGUUCAGACUCAAGCACUGGUUGGCCAUCUGAAGACUGCACCUCCCUCCCACAUCUUCACAUCUUUUUGGAGUUUGGAGUCCCUGUGUGCCACCGGUGGUUGGAUGGACAAGGAGAGCAACAGGCUCCAUCAUUUCUCAGCAGCCUCCAUCUUCUUUUCUACCACCCCCAGCCUUUAUUUGCCAACAGUAGCUUUAAUGUUAAACUUACACCUGUUGGCAUUUUCAGUUUAAUUCAGGUCAUAAAGCUGUGGCACCACAUGGAGAAAACAUGCCACUACAUGUCUGUGGACAUCAUUGUGGUUUUUAUACGCAAUUUUGAUUGAUCAUAACUGUAGUUAUGAUUUCAGUUUAGUUUGUGAUGUGACUUUUAUCUAAAGAAAAUCAGAACAAUUUUCCUGUGUAUUCCUAUACAGGGUACCCUUAUAUUUAAAUUUUUUAGAGAUGUUUUUUAGGCCUGUGAUUAUUUAUUAUAAGAUUAUUAUUACAAGAAGUUCUUUUAGCAGAAUUGCUUAUCUGUGUCAGUGCCUUAUAAAGCAAGACACUCCAUGUUUGUUACAGUUCAUAUGAGAGAAAAUAAAACUGUGUUGACUCAGGAACCCGCAAAAUUCAACCACAGUUUGUGGAUAGCAAUCUGUCGGUUUUGACCCAGUCCAUUGAUAUUCAUGUCAUAGAGCUGGAGGCCAACAACACACUGAGAAAGAGAGAAAAUAGGCCUGAUAUUAAUGAUUUUGUGUUACACUAUAUUACAGAAAAGGGAAUAAUACACACAGAACUCUGAAGCUUUAAAAGAACUGGGGAAAGCUUUAUUCACCUCUUUUGCUUUACAAGGUUAGAGUUACAGAACUGAAUCUCAAUGCAGGUUGAUUCUGGUUUCGGCCGAGCUGAAGGUGGAAAAUUCAGCAAAAAAAAAAUUGGCAUCACUGUUACUGUUUUGUAUUAUCGUUGUCUGACUUUUACAAGUUUUCAUCUGUUCAGUCUUUCUAGGAAAUAUCUGUGGCUUUAACCCAACGACACAGAGAAGAGUAGGUGUGUCUGCAUUUUGGGAUUUUGUUGCCAACUGUAGAUUGUCCUGCGUGCAGUAUCGUAAAUGGAGGAAUCACAUGCCUCUUUUACUCAACUGUAUAUGAACUAGUGUACGUUCAAUACACACAACUCUCACUUUAAUAUAAAAUAUAUGUUGAUGUUCCUCCUCCUUCAUCACCAUCGAAGUGCCAAUACUUUCCUUGAGGGAUGUUUUUUGCUUAUCUUGUUCUGUUUCUCUUUUUUUUUUUUUAAUUUAUUGAAAAGAAACUGAAGUUGAAUUUUAACCUUAUAUCAUAACAGAACACCCCUCCUGAAAGGAAUAAAGCCACAAAGAAAAAAUCUAAUAUAUGUGGAAUAUAUAAGAAGAUAUAAAAAUAUAUAAAUAUAUUCUUUUGUUUUAUCUAAUCUUGUAUUUAUCAAAUUGUUUAUAACAAAACGUGAAUGUAAAGUAUUUUAAACGUAACUGUCUACUGUCAUAACAUGGUGUUUGAUGUAUAGCUAAGAGGAACUAUUUAGAAAAAAUAUUCUUCAGUGGAACCCUGGGCCACUUCUUGUCACAUAUGAAUGUGAACGAAUAAACCCUGGCUUUCCUGAACUAUGUUUACAAAAAUAUUGUGUACAAUACCUAAUGUCCUGUUGAACGUGUAUGACAUAUCUAUGAAGAAGUCUGAAGUAUUCACAGUAUGAUAAUAAAGAAUUUCUUCUACACACA